GGAGGGAGUCGGGGAGAAGGGAAGGAGGAUGGCGGGGACGGCGGGAGGAAGGGGAGAGGCCGCUGUGCGGCGAAGGCGGGGAGAGGAUGGAGAGCGCUCGGCGGCGGUGGGGCCCGGCCUGCGGGCCCGGGGCGGCGGAGGAGACCCCUUCCCUGCGACGCGGGAGCCGCGGGAGCCACUAUGAUGAGAGAAGCCACCUGCAUGACACCUUCACCCAGAUGACCCACGCCCUGCAGGAGCUGGCUGCUGCACAGGGAUCCUUUGAGGUUGCCUUCCCUGAUGCUGCGGAGAAAAUGAAGAAGGUCAUUACACAGCUUAAAGAAGCCCAGGCUUGCAUCCCUCCCUGCGGUCUCCAGGAGUUCGCCCGGCGUUUCCUCUGCAGCGGGUGCUACUCCAGGGUCUGCGACCUCCCGCUGGACUGCCCAGGUGAGGGGGCGGGGCCUCGGGGUGCAGGAGACCAACCUGAGAAACGGGACCAGAGCACCGAGGGUCAUGAGCUGGUGGCGAGGCCAGACGUGGGCGGGGCCCAGCGAGUGAACCCUGCUCCGUCUCCAGUUAAGGAUGUGACAGUGACUCGGGGCGACCAGGCUAUGUUUUCUUGCAUCGUGAACUUCCAGCUGCCAAAGGAGGAGAUCACCUAUUCCUGGAAGUUCGCAGGAGGAGGUCUCCGGACCCAGGACUUGUCCUAUUUCCGAGAUAUGCCGCAGGCCGAAGGAUACCUGGCGCGGAUCCGGCCGGCGCAGCUCACGCACCGCGGGACGUUCUCCUGCGUGAUCAAGCAAGAUCAGCGCCCCCUGGCCCGGCUCUACUUCUUUCUUAACGUGACGGGCCCGCCCCCGCGGGCGGAGACAGAGUUGCAGACCUCGUUCCGGGAAGUGCUGCGCUGGGCGCCGCGGGACGCCGAGCUGAUCGAGCCCUGGAGGCCCAGCCUGGGCGAGCUGCUGGCCAGGCCCGAGGCUCUGACGCCCAGCAACCUGUUCCUGCUUGCAGCCCUCGGGGCCCUCGCAUCAGCGAGUGCGACAGUGUUGGCGUGGAUGUUCUUUCGAUGGUACUGCAGUGGCAACUAACAAAGGUAUCUCUUUCCUACUUCCGUAUCCUAUUUCCAUCCUGAAAAUAAAGAAUAUAUUUCAACUCUA